GGACUACUCCGAGUCCCCAGUUCCCACCGCGACGAUGGCCAUGGCCCUGGCAAGUUCUUGUUUUCCAAGCACUUCGAAAUGCGUUUACUACACCACUUCACUUCGCACACUUGCAAGACGAUGCCCGGUCAGACUAGCGAGGGAUGGGCGGUGCAUGCUCCAGUCAUAGCCUUCGAACACGACACCCUUUUGUAUGCGAUCCUGGCAGUCUCAUCGGCACACUUGAGCACUCUCAGUCCGCACACCACUCAGUACCACAUCGCCGCGAAAUACUACUUUGGCAUUGUCCUGCACCAACUAAACCAGGGUGGCGGCACUGGCACAGGCAUGGACCGACUCAAGCUGAAUGUGGACAACGUUGUCGCUCUGUGCCUGACUUGCAUGAUCAUCCCGAUCCUCGCAAACCACUUUCAGGAUAUAAGCGACAGACCUACUAGUACUACUACCACUAGUAGUCAUGGCGGCGAGCCAGCUGGGCUUCCAAUCCCUAUCUAG